AUGAAUCCAAAUCCCGACUGCUAAGGCCAGGCAAGCUCCAGCCUGCAAGGGUUAAUGUUGGUAACGUAUUCGUGUCCUGGUUUUUACAGUCAAAAGGAAGAUGCCAAGCCUCUGUUUGAAAGCAGAAUCGGCUCUAGCACCUAUAGCCCCUCGGUGAAGUGAAUGACAAGCGGAUACGGGACAAAAACGUCACUGCUCUGUCGCUCCUUUAACAUUGCGUAACGCGUGAUGCUGGCAUGCAAACAGACAGCUGAUAUUUCAUAGCUACCGGGCGGCCUGAUGGAGGGGACAAUAUCGGAUCUGAAAACAUCUUAGCAGAGCAUUUCGGACACGGAAGGGAUCAAAAUAACGUAUAUCCAGACGAUUUCCUCCAGCAGUCGGCAGUGCAUUGAAGAACGAGUUUUUUUCUGCGCAUAAAGGAGUAAACCGAGAGGAUGGCAGGCCCUGACUCCCCGCAGCAGCAGGUUGAAGAGAAAGCCGAGCAGAUAGACGACGCCGAGCUGGCGUUUCAGGGCAUCAAUAUGCUGCUCAACAAUGGCUUCAAAGAGAGCGACGAGCUCUUCAGGAGAUACCGGAGCCACAGUCCACUGAUGAGCUUCGGUGCCAGUUUUGUCAGUUUCUUGAAUGCCAUGAUGACAUUCGAGGAGGAGAAAAUGCAGAUGGCCAGCGAUGACUUGAGAACUACUGAAAAGCUUUGCGAGAGCGACAACGCCGGCGUCAUCGAGACCAUCCGCAACAAAAUCAAGAAGAGCAUGGACUCGCAGAGAUCAGGAGUGGAGAUUGUGGAUGGUCUUCAAAGACAGAUCAUCGUGGCUGACUGCCAGGUUUAUCUCGCCGUGCUGUGCUUCGUCAAACAGGAAAUCUCAGCAUACAUCAAAGGAGGCUGGAUCCUCCGCAAGGCCUGGAAAAUGUUCAACAAAUGCUACAGUGACAUCAGCCAGCUGCAGGAAGCCUGUCGCCGCCGCUCCUCCGACCAGCAGGGGGCGCUGACCUCUGAUCAGGCCAACCACAACACCUCAGCCCGGAGCGGCGGCCGGGUAACAGAAGAGGUUCUGGACCGCCUGAAAGGUUCGGUCAGCUUCGGCUAUGGGCUCUUUCACUUGUGUAUUUCGAUGGUGCCUCCACACCUGCUCAAGAUCGUCAACCUGCUGGGCUUCCCUGGAGACCGUCACCAAGGUCUGGCCUCAUUAGCAUACGCCAGCGAGAGCAAGGAUAUGAAAGCGCCGCUCGCCACUUUGGCUCUUUUGUGGUACCACACCGUGGUGCAGCCCUUCUUUGCUCUGGACGGCUCUGACUCACGUGCCGGGCUCCUGGAGGCCAAAGCCAUUCUGCAGAAGAAGGCAAUGGUUUACCCAAACUCCUCUCUCUUCAUCUUCUUCAAGGGACGGGUGCAGAGAUUAGAGUGCCAAAUCAACAGUGCACUGGCAUCAUUUCAGGAUGCUCUGGAGUUCGCCUCAGACCAAAGAGAGAUUCAACAUGUGUGCCUCUAUGAAAUUGGCUGGUGCAGCAUGAUAGAGAUGAACUUUGAAGAUGCCUACAGGUCUUUUGAGCGGCUGAAGAAUGAAUCCCGAUGGUCACAGUGUUACUAUGCUUACCUCACCGGAGUAUGUCAGGGGGCUGCUGGUGACCUAGAGGGAGCCAAAGCUGUUUUCCGAGAUGUCCAGAAGCUUUUUAAACGCAAGAACAAUCAGAUUGAGCAGUUUGCACUGAAAAGAGCAGAGAGGCUGAGGAAAGUGUCCCUGGCGCGAGAGCUGUGCAUUCUGGGUGUUGUGGAGGUGCUGUACUUAUGGAAAGCUCUCCCAAACUGCUCUUCCUCCAAACUCCAGCUCAUGAACCAAGUGCUACAGGGGCUGGAUGAGCAGUCGAGCCUGGGCCUCAGACACCUGCUGCUUGGUGCCAUUCAGAAAUGUCUUGGGAAUAUUAAAGAUGCUGUUCAGUCGUUCCAGCUGGCAGCGCAGGAUGAAUACGGCCGUCUGAAUAACAGUUAUGUGCAGCCCUAUUCCUGUUAUGAGCUGGGCUGUGUGUUACUGGCUAAACCUGAGACCCUGAGUAAAGGAAGAUCAUUGCUGCUUCAGGCCAAGGAGAACUACUCCGGCUACGACUUCGAGAACAGGCUGCACGUCCGCAUCCAUUCGGCCCUCGCAUCCAUAAAGGAAGUGGUCCCUCACUGACCCGUCCGUCCCGCCUCAGAAGAGCUCCUGUCCAGCACUUUUUGAAGCGAAAGCCAUUUGAAGUAAUCCUGCUUUUCUGGGGGGAGAAAGUGAGAGUCAGCAGAUUUCAGGUGUUCGCCAAUAUUUUCCACUUAUAGAACUGAAAAGGUUCACUCUUCAUGUAGCUGUUGGUCGCAGUGAUCUAAUCUAAUCAAAUCUAAUUUUCACCUUCACAUUUACAUCCAGUUUGUGUGUUCAGGACUGAUCUAGAGAAGCUUUUCCCAGAGCUUGCGCUAUCAUACCAAACACAUUAGCAUGGCAUAGAACUCCACAUUAGAUAACAUUAAUACAUAAAAAUGAAAUAUAUAUUGUGUAACCCUUUAUCUCAAAGAAAUAAGAGUGUCCAAACUUACCUUUAACUACCUGUGUGUCAAAUCAAGAUUGUUUGCGUUUGGCGAGGUGGCUGACCGACAUCAAUGGCGAUGCUAUUUCAAAAAUAGUUUAAUGAUAAUUAUUUUCAAGUCUUAUUUGCUUAAAAUGUGUUCAGUUAAUGAUACUAAAGCUGAUUUAUUUAUAAUUUGGUAACACUUUAUUUUACAGUGUCCUUGUUACUUUCAAUUGUAUUUACAGUCAAUUUUGCAUAAUUACAUGCAACUAACCCUAAACCAAAUUUUAAGUUUUGAUUAAUAUUACUCAUUACUUAAUUACACCGUAACAAGAACACUUUCUAAUCAAGUGUGACUAUAUAAUGUGUUUUUUAUUAUUACACGUAUUUUUCUUUAUUAUUAACAUAUAUCAUUUUCAGUAAAAAUAUUAAAUUGGUGUUUUAAAUGAUAAAAUAAUA